UCUACAUUCGUUGCUUACAAACCCUAUUUUCUCACUCGCGCGAGAAAGAGAGAGAGAGAAGGAUGGAGAAGCAUGAGUUCUUAGAACUGUUUGAAGCUGCGACUAAAGCUGCAAAAUCUGCUUCGAGAGGAGACGCUAAGAAAUCUCCUGCGGUCUCUAGGUGCGUCGAAGCCAUAAAGCGUUUGGGAGGAGCUCCGGAGUCGCUUGCUUACGAGAUGGUCAUCGAUCGCAAAUACCCUCAAAUUGGAAAGAGCCACGGCCUUUUCACGGAGCACAAAAACACUAGAAUCCAGUCCGAGGGAAAGAUUCUUUACUCUCUUUGGCUCAGAUAUCUCUACGCUACGGGGAGGAAACAUGGUUCACGACCUCGUGAUCGGACGGUUGUGAAGAAGGAGAAGAAGCUUGUGGAGGAGGAGAUGAUUUCGAGGACGACGGGGGAUUCAAACCGAGACAAAGUGCGUGAGAUUCUUCACAAGUCCUUGUCUAAAGUGGCUGUUGAGAUGAAGGAAGGAGUGGUUUCUUGCGAUUCUUGGACUGUGGCUGCGUCCGUUGAAUCUGCCAUGUUUGAGAAACUAGGUUCUUUCGAAGGGACUCAAAAAGCAAAGUACAGAUCCAUUCUUUUCAACAUGGGAGACAGCAGCAAUCCAGACCUGAGAAGGAAAGUGAUGUUCGGUGAGAUCAGUGGAGAGAGGCUGGUGACGAUGGAGAAAGAAGAGAUGGCUAGCCACAAGAUUCAGUUGCAAGUUCAAAACAUCAAAGAGAAAGCCAGAGCUAGGGAAGAGAAUCGAGUAAAGAGUAUGAUGAUUUUUCAGUCAGACAGUAUGAUCAUGACUUGA